CAAAGACGCGUGUGCGAUUCUCUCAAACCAAUUUCUGCUUCUUUAUAAGGGAAAUAAUUUCCUUCUCUCGAGGUUCUUGAUUAGAUAAGAUUGAAAGAAGUUGUUGGAAGAAGAUAGUAGUGAUGGAGAAUGUCGCACAUUUCUUGUUUGGAAUCUUUGGAAAUGCCACUGCUCUUUUCCUCUUCUUGGCACCCACAAUUACGUUUAAGAGGAUCAUAAGAAGUAAAUCCACGGAGCAAUUCUCAGGAAUCCCAUACGUGAUGACCUUGCUCAACUGUCUCCUUUCUGCCUGGUACGGUCUUCCAUUUGUGUCAAAGGGCAACAUCUUGGUGUCCACGAUCAAUGGCACAGGAGCAGGAAUUGAAAUCAUAUAUGUUCUUCUCUUCAUCUUCUAUGCACCAAAGAAGGAGAAAGCCAAAAUCCUUGGACUCUUCACAGCAGUACUCGCUUUGUUCUCUGCUGUGGCAUUGAUUUCAUUGUUUGCCUUACAUGGUAAGACCAGGAAGCUCUUCUGUGGAUUUGCUGCCACUGUUUUCUCAAUCAUCAUGUACGCCUCACCUCUUUCAAUCAUUAGGAUGGUGAUUAAGACCAAGAGUGUGGAGUACAUGCCCUUCUUUUUGUCACUGUUUGUGUUCUUGUGUGGCACUUCAUGGUUUGUGUUUGGACUACUUGGUGGUGACCCAUUUGUGGCUGUGCCGAAUGGAUUCGGGUCAGGUCUCGGGGCGAUCCAAUUGAUUCUAUAUGCGGUUUACAGGAAUAACAGAAAGGGCACGAGUGAUGGGUCUCUGGAAGAGAUGAAACCUCCAAAGGAGAAGCAACACUCACAAAAUGCUGAUGAGCAAGCGUAAUCAGUGUUGGUGUUUGGAGCGGGUUGUGAGUCAUAAAAGGAAAUCUUUGUAACCACCGGUUACACAAAGUUUCCAGGUUUUCAGGGUUGAAAGGGGCUAACGUUUACAAUUUCCCAUGUUUGUAAUUUUGUUUUCAAGUUAAU